AUGCUCGGCCGCGGCAGCUACGGCAUCGUCUUCAAAGAUCAACUCUUCGGUCAUGACGUGGCGGUCAAGACAGUCGUGAACUCGGAUAGCGAGGCCGCCAAGACCCUCCAAGAGGAGAUUGAGAUCCUCACAAACAAUCCGUCGCCGUACCUUGUGCGGCUGCUUGCCACCGCCGACGCCAAGUCGGACGCGCCACAGCUCUUUUUCGAGUACAUGGACGGCGGCAACCUUACCUCGUACCUCGAGAAGCUGGCCAACGACGAGUCUGUACCUCUGGCGUACACGCCUAUUGAGAUUCUCUGGGUCGUCGCCAACGCUUUGAACGACCUCCACGCCAAGAACGUUGUCCAUCGCGACAUCAAGCCCGACAACAUCCUCCUCUCGUCCAAGUACUACAUCAAGGUGGGUGACGUUGGCAUCGCCAAGGAAGAAACGACGUGCAUGACGACGGGUGCUGGCACGAGCAAGUGGCGAGCGCCCGAAGUCCUCAUGUCCGGAAGCCGCUACGGCACACCCGCCGACAUUUACUCGUUCGGGAUCCUUCUCCAGACGCUUUACCCUAACCCUACCGAUGCAAGCACCGAGUGGGUCCAAGCCCUCGCAGCGAAAUGCACGACGGUCGAGCCUAAAUGUCGCCCGACGGCGGCCGAGCUCGUCGACAUCUUCCUGCCCAAGUUGCAGUCGUACGGUCUCGUAUGUUUUGCAAUGCGUAACUUGUCAUGUGCUCUGUAG